UCGAGCGUCUGAGGAUGACGGAGGAGCUCUAUGGCAAACAUGCGGCUGCUCUCUAUGCACAAGCAGCAGACUUCAACAAGACUGCUCGCUUUUACUACAUGAAGGCUCAGGACGCCUACUACCUUGCCAACGCGCAGGCCUCAUACGAUGAUUGGCGAAGAGCUCGCAGACAGUGGGACUAUUUCUACCGCAGGAAGUGAGCAGAGGUCUGAUGCUCUUGUUACCCACAUCAAGUUUUUUGCCUCGAAAUGUGUCGUUUCAGAUAAUCUGAAGUGUAUUGUGUUGUCAUGGAUGAACAUUGUUUG